AUGGAUAUAAUGCAUAAUAUUAGUUUGGAGAGACAAAAAUUUUAUGACACCCACGACUUCAAGAACCCGCCUAAUUCAGAAGACGUGGAGGUGGUAUUCACGUGGAAGAUGGAUUUCAACCACAGUACUCUCGGGGCCGCUACGGUCCUCGUACCCAAGGCUCCAACAGCAGCACCGUCCACCACCACCAUGCCGCUCUGGGCCCAUAACUCGUGGGUGUUCCUCUUCGCAGCGAUGCUGGCCGUCGCUAUUGGUGGAAACGCCAUCGUCAUUUGGAUAGUGACAGCUCACAGAAGAAUGAGAACUGUAACCAACUACUUCUUGGUGAAUUUGUCCUUCGCUGAUCUCAUGAUGGCUUCUCUGAAUUGUCUCUUCAACUUCAUUUAUAUGUUGCAUAGUGACUGGGUGUUUGGAGUUCGGUAUUGUCAACUAAGCAACUUCAUUGCAAACGUGACAGUCGCCGCCAGUGUCUUCACAUUGACGGGGAUUUCAUUUGACAGGUAUCAAGCUAUCGUCAGGCCAAUGCGACCGCGGAUGUCCAAGACUUGUUCUCUCAUCAUGAUAGCUGGGAUAUGGAUUAGUGGAAUGCUUCUAGCUAUUCCCUGCCUUCUGUAUUCUACCACGAAGGAAUAUAGAUCUAAAGGCACACUCAAAACUGCCUGUCUCUUAUCGUGGCCUGACGGUCUACCAGAUGUCUCAUAUAUGGAUUUUGUGUAUCAAGUAUUAUUUUUCGUAGUCACAUAUGCUGUACCAAUGUUGGGAAUGACGUUCUUUUAUUCAGCCAUGGGCCGAGUACUAUGGGGCUCUAGAUCCAUAGGAGAAUUAACACAAAGGCAGGUCGACUCAAUUCGAUCCAAAAGGAAGGUUGUGAAAAUGUUCAUUCUAGUAAUUGUGAUAUUUGGUAUAUGCUGGCUGCCCUACCACACGUACUUCAUCUACACUCACUUCAACCCUUCAAUAUUGUAUAUGAAAUAUGUUCAACAUGUGUACCUCGGGUUCUACUGGCUAGCCAUGGCAAAUGCCAUGGUAAACCCACUAAUUUAUUACUGGAUGAAUGCCAAGUUCAGGACGUACUUCAGGACAGCUAUACUCUGCCGUUGGAGGGACAUGCUGCGUCGACGUCGAAAGAGGCCGCUCCCCGAAUCACCACCCGACUGCAUUUCGCAGUCUGGCAGCCGUUCAAGAUCAGUAUGUGCUUCAACAGGUAUAGAGGAGCUCAAAGACUCAAGAGGAAAUGCAGUGCGCGGAUGGCCGCAUCUUGUCGUGUCGAACGCAAGUCGACCUCCAGUCGCAGAGACCGCCUUUGCUUGCUAG